AUGAAAUCAUUUAAAGUAAUCUGCUGUCCUGGUUUGGAAGUUGCAAAACAUCGUGAGUUUUUUGAAUGGUUUUUGGAUUAUCAAAUAAUUUUCCACAUGUUUCAGCCUUGGCGCAAUCAUUGGUUAGCUUCAAAAGUAUCCAAAAUCCACGAGUCUCUUCCAAAUUGCCACCGAUUUUGCGCAAAAUCCAGGAAAUGUCAGGUUAGUCAGGUUUUCAAACGAAUUUAGAAGCUAUUAAUAUGGGUUACUGUAGUUUAGAGAUUAAUUUGGGUUACUGUAGUUUAGAUUUUGGCAUCAAUUUAUUUAUGAUUACUUUUGGAGCCAAAAUCUGAAUUACAGUACCACUGAAUUUUGGAAAAGCGAAUUCUCAACAAAAAUUUUUGAUCUACAAAAACUCAAAAGUUUUUUUUCCAGAUUGCGAAAGUCGAUAUUCGAUUGACGUGCCACGUGGAUUCGCUGAAAAUCGAAGUGCAACUUCUGAAAUUGAUCAAAAACCCGGAUCCUGA